CGUGCCACCAGAACGGUCCAAACUGAUAUUACCAGACACACUUUCUUUCUUGACUGAAGAUGAAUUUCCUAUAUCUAAAGCUAAUUUAUUUGAUAAUGGAAAGCUAAAAAACUCUGAAAUUUUACCAAUAAUUUCCUGGGAGAACAUUUUUGUAGCAGUUAAUAAUUCUGAAUCAAAUUUAUCCAUUGAGACAGAAAUUAAAGAGUGCGCAAAGAAAGAACUUAAAGCUUUCAUUCAAAAAGAGAAUAGAGCGACCUCCAUUCCAUUAUAUGAACGAUGUGCUGAAAUUUGUAAUAAAUCACCUUCCCAUGUUAUGCAGAUUCUCCCAUUGAGUGAUUUAGAUAUAGUGACUCGGUGGGAACCUUUUGACAAUGUUAGAUCGGUUGAAGAACAAAAUGAUAAGCUACAACAUGAUUAUUCACCAUUCAAAAUCUGUGGUCCUUUGUUUGAACUAAAGCCUGGAGAUAAAGCACGUAUUUAUCUAAGCCGUCCACAGCCAAGCUCUUUAACUCAAGAAAAAUUAAUUAUGAUUUCAAAUGGGAAAAAUGUUAGUGUUCGAGGUGUAUUCUUCUUGAUUGAUUCAAUUCAAAAUCUAGUCGUAAAAUUGGUCGAUCUCUGUUCUGUAUACUGUGUCUCAAGGGGGGAAUUGAGCGUACCUAUAGUGAACCUUGGACGAAUAG